UAGCAAGGCCGCCAUGACAGUUUCUGUUUGUGAUUGUGGUGUGAAUUGGAAUUUGUUAUCAAACAGGCAUUAAAAUAAAAUUUGUUUUUUUAUUUUGUUUAAGACAAUGGCUAUUGUCGAGGAUGAAGUGAGAAAUGAAUCUGAAGAGGAAAAUGAAAUUGAAGUAGUAGUUGAGGAGGACGACGCAGAUCAAGACUCAGAUGAUUCGGACGAUGAGGAAGAUGAAGGUGUGUUAGAGAGUAAAGUAGCAGAACUUGAGAAAAAAAUCUCUGAAGAUCCAUACAAUUAUGAUGAACACAUUGAAUUAAUUCAGGCAUUGUGGACGUUAACAGAGUUGGAUAGAUGGCGCAAUGCGUUUGAGCGUCUGCAACAGAUGACAGCUCUGCGUGCGGAGCACUGGCUGCUGUGGCUACAAACAGAGGCUUCACUGGCGCACUCUUGGGAAUCUCGGGAGCGCAUCGCUGGCUUGUUCAAACAAGCAGCUUUGGAUUGCUACUCCAUCCCCAUCUUCACAGAGUGGUGUUCAUGGGCAAUAAGCACAGGUGAUGCGAAAGAGACGCGGGCGCAGCUUGAUGAGGUCCUGCAUCGUGCGGGCGCCGAUCCAUUCUCCGGGAAACUGUUUUGGGAUGCUAAGCUUGAGUUCGAGAAAGCUCAAUUGGAGUCUAUAAGCAAUGAAGCGGAAGAGGAGUACAAAGCGCAGCAGAAGCGAGUGCUGUACUGCUUGGAGGAGGUGGUGUCGCGGCCGUUGCUGCGCGGCCAGCACGCCUGGCCGCCGCUGCAGCAGCUCGCCGCCGCGCUGCACGACUCGCACUAUGUGCACAAGCUCAAAGAGCAGCAUGAGGCAGCUUUGGAAUAUUUGAACAAGAUUACGCCAUAUGAAGAUAAACUGUUAACCACUGAAAACCCCGAGGACAAGUGUAGGAUUUACGAGGAAUACAUAGACUUAGUAAAAGAGUUGUCAAAUGUUGAAGAAUAUGCUGGAUGCGACAGCAAUGGCAUUCUGAAGGUGCUAUACGAGCGCGUGAGCACGGAGUGCAUGAGCUGCCCGCAGGCGCACGCGCACCUGCGCGAGUACCUGCGGCUGGCGGCGCGCGUGUCCUCGCGCGUGCUGGACGUGUGCGCGCGCCGCUGCCCGCGCCGGGACACCUUCUGGGUGCACAAGAUGCGCCACGCCGAGCGCGCCGGGGCCGACAUGGCCGAGGUGAAAUCAAUAUUCGAAACGGCGCUAUCGAAAGGCAUGGAAUCGUACAAAAACGCAGAAGCGCUGUGGCUCGCAUGGCUCGAGUACAGUCGACGUCGCACCGCCUUCGACAACGAGGCUGAUGUGCAACGGCUCAGGAGCACCUUCAGACUUGCAUGGGACUCUUUGGCCGAGGCAUGGGGUGAAGAGGCGAAUGAUUGCGAAGUGCCAUUGUUCUGGGCACGACUUGAAUAUAAACGUAUGGGCGACCCCAAACAGGGCAAGGAGAUAUUCGAAGAAAUAUUCAGGUAUGGCGAGAACAAAUCUAUGUCGAAAUACUGGGAAGCGCUAAUCCAGCUGGAAUCGAACCGGUCUCCACCUGCCUCCGAGAACAAGUUACGCGAUCUACACCGUCGGGCGUUGAAAUUUGUUACAGACUACCCUCCGAGCGCCGCGAGGCUGUGGACCGACUUCGAGAGGGACGUCGGAGGGUUGGAUACCCUCAAGGAGUGUAAUGAAGUUACUGAGGCAAAAUUAAAAGAAUGGCGGGACAGCUACCAAGCCAUGAAGGAAAAGAUGACGGGCAAGAAACAAAAUCAGAAAUCAGAGAAGAAAUCCAAAUUUGAUAAGAAGAACAAAACGGAGAUGCCAAAGAAUAAAGGGAAGAGGAAAGCUGAUGUUGAUGGGGAAGCGAGCGCGGGCAAGAAAAGGAAGGAGGAUAUGGAGGUCGAAGUGAAAGAAAAGGAUGGCGAUAGCGGUGGUGUGAAGAGAUCUCAUGAUGACAGUGACGAUGACGAUGCAUCACCGUCCAAGCGCCAGCGGACGGCGAGUGAAGAAAACGCGAGGAUAGGACGAGAAGCUUGCACACUCUUCGUCUCUAACUUAGAAUUCAAAGUGAACGAACAAAACCUUCGAGAUAAACUAUUACAAUACGGCGAUAUAGUAUCUAUGCGAGUGAAGGCCGGUGUCAAAGCGUUCGGCGGGUCGAUAUGUUAUUGCCAGUACAAAACAGUGGAGGCCGUAGAUAAAGCUUUAAAAGACGACAGGACGCCACUGGACGGACGGCCGAUGUUCUUCUCAAGAUAUUCAGCGAAGAAGACGAAGCCGACAUUCAAGUACGCCACCACCGCGGAGAAGAAUAAGUUGUUUGUGAAGAAUUUACCAUUCUCUUACUGCACGAAGGAGGCGCUGUCUAAAGUAUUCGAUAAAUACGGCAAACUGAGUGAUGUUAGAGUUGUUACGUUCAAGGACGGCAAACCGAAAGGCCUCGCAUACAUAGAGUACUCAGACGAGGCGUCGGCGGCGGCGGCGCUGCACGCCACGGACGGGCUGCAGCUGGAGUCCCGCGCGCUGCGCGUGGCUCUGUCCGCGCCGCCGCCGCGCGCGCCCGCGCUCGGUCUGCCCAAGAGGGACGGGGGAGGGGGCAUGCGGCGGACACAACUGAGCAGUUUCAUACCCAGUGUCCUACAGAAGCCCAGUCCAUCGACAAGCAAAGCGAACGGCGACUCCGACGACAAGCGGCCGCUAAGCAACAGCGACUUUAGGACCUUACUACUCAAGAAAUAGUGAUUACAUUUAAGACGCGAUUAGUCGACUAGGGUGGUUGGCAGAGCGUUUCGACCGCUGCGGUCGCGCUAUCAUUACAAUUUUUCAAAUUUUAACAAAGACAAGAAUGACUUUUACUAUAUGACUCUACAUUAAUUACUCUGUGCUGUAGUAAUGUCAAUUUUAUGAAUGAAAUGAUUCCUUCCUCAAGAAAAUUGACUGAUUGUAAUGACUGCGCAGCCGCAGCGGUCGAAACGCUCUGCGAACCACCCACUAACGAUAGGUAGUUUUUUAAUAGCCUUUUUUAUUUCAACAGCGAUUACUAAGCUUUUAGAAAUGUGAUUCAUGAGUAAACAAAUUGAGUGAUCAUAUCGAAUCUAUAGUCAGUGAUUUGAUUAAAAUUGAAUGAACAAUUGUUCCGUAAUAAUAUUAGAUUCUUAAAAAUAUGCCUUCAUUGUGUUGGGAAACUUAAUCACUAUCUGGGUGGUUAUCGGUUUCUUCAACAGCCAUAAACCGUCGGGGCCCAGGGCCCGUAUUUGGACAAAUUAUUAAUUCACAGUGAUUUUCACAUAGGGUACUAUUCAGAGUUUUUAUAUUUUGUAAAUUGUAUUGCCUUUUUUUCGGGCAUUGUCGCUUAUGCGCUUGAUAGAAGUAAUACACACAGAUGCGAAAUUUUAUGUUGAUUUUUUAUGUUUGUUUUAUUGUAAUAAGUAUCUAAUUACGUCACCCUCUGUGGCAUUAGGCAAAAUUUGAAAACACUAUUUUUUGGUUGGGUCAUCGAUCGAUUUUUAUACAAAAGCUAUGAUGUACAUACGACGGAAUUUUAAGUAAUAAGUGAAUAUUAAUUUUUAUAAGCCAAACUGACAGACAAAUUAAUGUCUUAAAUACAUGUCUAUAGAGUUGUUUUCGAGAUGUGACUGCAUGUAAAAGUUAAUCAACAUUAUUACUUUGGUUGCUUUCCGUUAAAAAGGUUCACUCAAUCGAAAUAAAAUCUGGUGGAAUUUUUGGAAUGAUCUGAAAGACCGACAAUUUUUUUUUUAUCUAGAAUGUCACAUUUAUUUUUUUAUGUUGGAAGUUUUAGAAUAUUGAUUACCUAAAAUGUCCGUUUCACUUUUUGUUAGUAGCUAUGCAGUGGUAGUAAAAAAUCAGCUGUGUCAAAAUUAUUUAAAAUAUAAAAAAGACGUUUUGUUUUUCAUUAAAAAGAUUUUAUUGUUUGCAUUCUACCACCGCCUGCCGGUAUUCCAGCAUACUCCACUUUUUGAUCAGAAUAUCGUGGUUGUAAACGAGAGGUGAUUCUGAAUAAAAGAGUAUUGUUGUA